AUGGGGUCAGCAGAUGAGGGAGGGGCAGGGAUGUUUGGCCUUCAAGAGUUGCUGGAAAUUGAAGGCAUGGAGGAUGACUUGCUGAUGCAUGAGAUGUGGACACAUUACAACAGUGAUGAUGACACAGAGGAUGAUGAUGAUGGAAGUACAACAACAGCAGAUGGCAUUGAAGCAGACCAACAAAAUCAGCAGGAAAUAGCAAGAAAGCAUGGCAUAAGUAGGAUGACAUUAGAUAGGAUAUGGAAAGAUGCAAAAAAACAGAGAGAAAGUGGGCAUGCCAUAGAUUCAGUCCCACUUCAAUUGAGGACAAGUAUAAGGGCAUUUGCCGGAUAUCUUAAAGUCCCCCCAUCCACUGUUCAUAGUCUACUGAAACGGGGCAAGCUGAGAAGUCACACUAGCAGCACCCACCCAAAACUGAUAGAAGAUCACAAGAUGCAAAGAAUGAAGUGGGUGUUACAACACAUAUUACCAGCAACAAGGACCCAACCACCAAAAUUGGUUGACAUGCAAAAUGUUGUUCACAUAGAUGAGAAGUGGUUUUAUUUGAGUCCAAACAUGAGGAGGUUUUACUUGCUCCCUGCUGAAGAUGACCCUUAUAGUUGUUGUCAAUCCAAGAGAUUUAAGAUAAAAGCCAUGUUCAUGUGUGCCACAUCUAGACAUAUUAAGGACAGUGAAGGGAGGAUGAUACAUGAUGGGAAAUUUGGUAUCUACCCUUUUGUUGAGUAUGCAAGAGCUAAAUAUUCAACUAAAAACAGAAGGGCAUGUACUUUGUUAACAAAGGCAACUGAAAGUGUUACUCUAGCAGUUAUGAGGGACAUGAUAGUUAACACUAUCAUACCUGCCAUCAUGAGGAAUUGGCCAGAAGGUGUGUCUAUAGAUAUCUACAUACAACAAGACAAUGCUAGACCUGACAUUCAUUCAUCUGACCUAGAAUUUAUAGCAGCAGCAAGUCAGAAUGGAUUCAAUAUCCAACUCAUCAAUCAGCAACCUCAGUCCCCUGACUUAAAUGUGCUUGACUUGGGGUUUUUUAGAGCAAUUCAAGCACUACAAUAUCAAUCAUUUCCUAAGAAUCUAGAUGAAUUGAUUUUAAGAGUGCAGUACUGUUAUGAUUUCUUUGACCCAUAA